UGCUCGUCCGUGUUCCCUCCUCCUCCUCCUUCUUCUUCUCUCUCUCAGCUCUCUCUCGUGUCCACCCGCUGAUGCUAUGGAUGCUCUCUUUCAAGUCCAAACCUCGGUUCCUUCAUCCAUGGCGAAGCGGCCAUGUCCAUCACAAAACCCUAGAAUACCAACUUUUACUCAGAUGGACCUUCUUCUCGAAGCUUUUCUUGGCCUUUCAGACUCUUCUUCCAUCUGUAUCGACUUUUCAUUCGAGAGACUUCUUGACUCCUUGCCUUCUGACUUGGAUCAGACUCGUCUCAUCGAUCGCGCUCUUCAAAUGGGCACCUACUUGCUCGAAGCUGGUAAACGUUCUGCUAGGAAACGAGCUACUAAGCAUAACUCUGUCGUUUGGGCUCUUCCUCCUGACCUCACCAUCAAAGUUUUUUCCAUGCUUGAUGCACAGAGCCUUUGCUUUGCAACAGCUACUUGUUCGAUGUUUCACAAGUGUGCAAUGGAUCCUUCCUGCUAUUCCAACAUUGACUUAACAACAGUUUCUCCAAGAGUUAAUAAUGCAGUCGUUUCUACAAUGAUUCACCGAGCUGGAAACUCCCUUCAAUCUCUUAAGCUUGGUAUAGUUCCUGGCCCAACUUCAUCCCCAGGUUCUUGCCAACCGUUGGUAUACAAUGUCAGUAGCUUCUCAUGGAAUGACAAAAGAUCCAGACAAGGGAAGGAGUCAUCAGUACUCACAAGAUCAUGCUUAAACCCUUUGGGUGGGGCCAGUACUCCUGGGAUGCUCUUAAAAACGCUGCAUCUCUACAACAUUGAAAGAAUGGAUAGUCCAUCACUUCGUGCUGCAUUAUCUACUUGCCCGUCUCUCCUUGAUCUGGAAAUUGUGGGCCUUCAUGUGGAGUUGAGACAGACAUUGAUGUCUGUGAUUGAAAACUGUCCACUGAUCGAACGUUUGUUCUUUGAAUCCUCAAAAACAGGCAGAGAUGACAGCUUGAAAUCACCAACAUGUGUUGAUCUAGUUCAAAAGUGUCCUCGUUUAGUGUCUUUAGCCCUUCGGGGAUUUAAACUCCAUGAUUAUAAAGUCCGCAUACUUGUUAAGGGACUUCGAAGGUUGAAAUAUGUUGAUUUUUCAACAUCUUACUCAAUUACUGGAAGUUUUCUUAGAAACCUUGGCAACAAUAUAGGUGGUAAUUUAUUGGAGGUCUUGAUUUUAAGAGACUGUAUGCAUCUCAAAGAGAUGGAAGUUGCUCGUUUUAUGACAUCAUUACUUGCUGGAGAUUUCAAGUUUCUUCGACAUCUAGAUAUAUCCAAUAGGGAAGGGUUGGCAUCUGAGGAUGAUUGGUAUGAGAGAUGCUACAAUUCAAGUAUCAUUCCAAUUGAGCAAGUAGUGAAGGAAAGGCCUGAUGUAUGCUUACUGGCUGAUUUUCCAUCGGAAGGAAGUUACUUUGAAAUUGAACAAAUGCUGGAAAGCGAAGUCAACAGUGACACUAGUCUGCCAACACAGCUGAGUAGCGACACAUCUGAUUCGAUGUUUAUAAGUUCUUCAGAAAGCAGCUAUAAUAGCGAUCAAGGUAGUGGAAAUGAGGAUGGUCGAGAUGCCGGCUAUGUAAUAUUUGAGGAGAGCUCAGAUGAGGUGGAUUAUCUUGCUCUAUAGGAGGAAAAGUUUUAAGCACACGCUGGUAGUUGCAGCAACCAAAUGAAAUCGGGAGGAUGGUUUGAAGUUACAAUCUGCGGGUGGGCGGCAUGAGUGAUUCGGUGUUUGGAUCUUUACCAAAGACUGAAAAUUUUUGAAUUAGUAGCCUGGUUGCUUGACAUUCCCCAUUUAUAUAUAUACUGAGACACAACCAACAGCUAUAAUAUCCCAACUAGCUUCCUUCCUUCCAACCCUUUCUCUAGCAGAGGAAAAUACAAGAAUAAGAGGAGAGAAGAGUGGAGAUUUAGGUAUUCUAUCCCCUUUCACUCGUUAUUAUGUUGUUGUAGAUCAUCACAUAUCAUUGUCAUCGUCGUUUCGUAGAGAGCUCUCUAGUUCCUAAUGAUGAUGCUAAUCUGCCAUGAAUGUAAAUUUUGUUGUACCAUUGCUUUUGUAGUGCCAUUUAUCCUUGAUCUAAAUCAAUAGGAGUUAGAAGUUACUGUACUAAUUGAUAAUAUUUUGUAUUUGUAUGCAUCAGCUGUUCAAAUUAUAGCAUCGUCUGAGGAAUGUAGUUAUGACGUUCUUUUCUUGUAUCAUUUUGUUUAAGAAAAGUGCAAUUCUUGCUAAGGUGGUUUGGUCUGCCUUUUUCUUCU